CCUCUACAUGCCAACACAAAAGCCUGAUUGCCUUGGAUUGUUUGCUUAUGUAAAUCAAAAGACUGCCAUUAAUUCUGCAAGUGGAACUGCUGAGCAACAAACAAGGUGGUGAUUGGCUGGAUUCUUGCUCAUAGAUUGGUGUAAAUCUGACAAAUUCUAUUACUUUUGUUCUACUCUCUAUCGGGAUACCUUUAGGAAAAGAAGCUUCUUAUUAUGCCCUAAAGUAAAUAAUUUGUGUUCUUAGAGUAAGAGUUGGAUUUGAAGGCAAGAGAAUUUAUCAAGGAUCAAGGAUCUUUCCCAAAGCUCUCUAAAAGUGGGACUCAACUGUACAUUAUGACAGACGUACCAGUGACAUUCAGUCAGGUGGAGUGUAAUGGGGAUACACCCCCUGAAAACGGUCAACAAAAGAUCACUAAAAUCACAGAAGAAGCCAGUGACGUGGAUGGCACCCCACCAUACUGCAGGGUAGAACCUAGACUUGAUGUACCCACAGAAAGAAAUCAGGAGAAAAGUGAAAAAUUACAAGAGGACAUACUGCUCAGCUCGUCCAUGGAUGAGAAGAUUCUAAAAGAAAAACCAGAAGAGAAGCUCUAUGUUGUUCAUAAGGCUAUCACAGAUCUUUCUCUCCAAGAAACAAGUGUUGAUGAAAUGGCAUUGAGAGAAGGGCAUCAGUGGGAGAAGAUUCCAUUGAGCAGCAGCAACCAAGAAAUAAGCAGACAAAAGGAAAGGAUUGCUGAACAACCUCUAGAGGAGAGAGAAGAUGAGGAGCUGGAGAACACAGCUCUUCAGGCAACUGAAAUUGAAUGGUUAGGAUUUCGGAAACCUAGCCAGGUUGAUGUAAAUGUUGGCUUUAUGCUCUCCAGAUGA